GCCGAUGGCAGGACAGUAGCCGCCUGUCAGGGGUCGUGAAAGGCUGAGGCAAACGAAGCGACUCCCUGGCCUCAGAGAUUGGGUGUCUCCGGAGGCCAUGGGCUACCCCGAGGUAGAGCGCAGGGAAUCCUUGCCUGCGGCAGCGGCAGCGGCAGCGCCACCGCCACAGGAGCAGGGGAGCCAGGGCUGCGGCUGUCGCGGGGCCCCUGCCCGGGCAGCCGAAGGGAACAGCUGCCGGCUCUUCCUGGGUUUCUUUGGGCUCUCGCUGGCCCUCCACCUGCUGACGUUGUGUUGCUACCUAGAGUUGAGGUCCGAAUUGAGGCGGGAACGGGGUGCCGAGUCCCGCCUUAGCGGCUUGGGCACCUCUGGCACCCUGAGCAACCCUAGUGGCCUCGACCCCAAUGGUCCCAUCACUCACCACCUCGGGCCGUCACCUGAGCAGCAGCCGUUGGAACCAGGUGAAACCACACUCGCCCCUGACUCCCAGGACCGGCACCAGGUGAGUCACCUAGUCCGGGAGGUGGCGACCCCCUCCCCUAGUAGGUAG